GUCCGCGCCCGAGCGCCCGCCACCGCACGCCGGGCCGCACGCUCAGCGCACCAGCGCCGCUCCGCCGCCGCGACCAGCGCGACCCAACGCCGACACCAUCAAACGCGCGAACAUCAUCACACUACUGUGAAACUUACUCAAAGUCCUACAACUCUCGUGCUACGCAACUCCUAGUGUGUUCAAUCCUUGUGGUGUUGUAGUGAAACCUAUACGCCAUCCUGGCCCCAUCAGAGCUGGUGCUUCAACUCUUGGCAAUCACGUGGCUCCGAAAUCGAUAGCAGAUACAACCCUUCUCAUCGUAUCUUAAACAUCAAGGUCACGACGGCAGAUUUCAGGGGAACGUGUCCAAACAGUUGGAAUCGAAUGAGGCGGAGGCGCUUGGCGCCAUGAGCUAGCGAGAAUGGGGGGCGAGGGGGCGGGCCGCGGCGCCGCGCGCUGGCACGUGGGCGACUCGCCCCCGCGCGCGCCCAUGGGCUUCGCGGCGCCCGCGCACGAUGCGCCGCUCGACCGCGGGCUGGCGCCGGCGCCCGCGCCCGCGCCCGCCGGCAACGCCGUGCUGCAGCGCACGCACUCCAGAUCGAUGUCGUCGCUACCGCCGGAGCCGUUCAUGAUGCUCCGCGCCAAGGCGCUGAGCAAGCGAGUCAUCAUCAACGUGGGCGGCGUGCGGCACGAGGUGCUCUGGCGCACGCUGGAGCGACUCCCGCACACGCGCCUCGGCCGGCUCAGAGACUGCAAUACUCACGAAGCCAUCACAGAACUUUGUGACGACUACUCACUACAAGACAACGAGUAUUUUUUUGAUAGGCACCCGAAGAGCUUUAGUUCAAUACUCAACUUCUAUCGGACUGGAAAGUUACAUUUAGUGGACGAAAUGUGUGUGUUAGCGUUUAGCGACGAUCUCGAGUAUUGGGGCGUAGACGAGCUGUAUCUGGAGUCGUGCUGCCAGCACAAGUACCACCAGCGCAAGGAGCACGUGCACGAGGAGAUGCGCAAAGAGGCGGAGAGCCUGCGCCAGCGCGAGGAGGAGGAGUUCGGGCAGGGCACCUGCGCGCAGUACCAGAAGUGGCUGUGGGACCUGCUCGAGAAGCCCACCACCAGUAUCGCCGCCAGGGUCAUCGCGGUCAUCUCUAUCCUCUUCAUCGUGCUGUCCACGAUAGGGCUCACUCUCAACACGAUACCCCAGAUGCAAGUGGUCGACGAAAAGGGCGCGCCCAUGGAUAACCCGCAGCUGGCCAUGGUCGAAGCGGUGUGCAUCACGUGGUUCACACUUGAGUACGUGCUGCGGUUCAGUGCCUCGCCGGACAAAUGGAAAUUCUUCAAGGGUGGACUCAACGUGAUAGAUUUGCUGGCUAUAUUGCCUUAUUUUGUAUCUCUCUUCUUGCUCGAAACUAAUAAGAACGCCACUGAUCAGUUUCAAGACGUGCGUCGAGUCGUGCAAAUAUUCCGUAUAAUGCGAAUCUUACGUAUCCUCAAACUCGCACGACACUCAACCGGGCUGCAGUCGCUCGGGUUCACACUCAGAAACUCUUAUAAAGAGCUUGGAUUGCUCAUGUUGUUCCUUGCGAUGGGAGUACUCAUAUUCUCCUCAUUGGCAUAUUUCGCUGAGAAAGAAGAGCCGGGAACUAAAUUUAUUUCCAUUCCGGAAACGUUUUGGUGGGCCGGCAUCACCAUGACCACAGUCGGAUACGGUGACAUUUACCCCACGACCCCGUUGGGCAAGGUCAUCGGCUCAGUUUGCUGUAUUUGCGGCGUGUUGGUAAUUGCGUUACCCAUCCCCAUUAUCGUCAACAAUUUCGCCGAGUUUUACAAGAACCAGAUGCGGCGCGAAAAGGCGCUUAAACGACGAGAGGCGCUCGAACGCGCCAAGCGCGAGGGCUCCAUCGUUUCCUUCCACCAUAUUAACUUACGUGACGCCUUCGCCAAGAGCAUGGACCUGAUCGACGUCAUCGUGGACACAGGACACAACUUGUCGCAGGCGGACGCCACUAGCCUGGAGGGCGAGGCCCCGGCCACCACCGGCUGCUACAAACAGUACGAACACUCCAUCGCCAGUAAGCUGCCACAGAACACUGAUCCCGACCAGUUUCAGAGCAGCCCUCAGAAAGAGCGUCGAUACUCGAACGAAGGCCCUGGUUCACCGGAGAAGCGCUUGCUCAUAAACCCUGAACCGACACCAGAAAAGAAGAUGGCUGACAAACAGCUUGACUUGGAUCAGCUGCCUUCUGAGUUUGAAUGUUGUUUUUGCACGUUCAAGGGUUACAAGGAGUUUAUUGACGCGGAGCAGCUGAUGCCGAUGUCGACGUCGGACCUGCGGCAGCCGGUGUGCGUGGAGCUGGCGUGCCUGGCGCGACACCCGGCGCCGCGCGCGCUGCCCGAGGCCACGCCCAACAGCCUCGACAGUCCAGAUACAUUUGCAUCAUGCCUUACGCACCCUUUUCCUUCAGAGGGCGACAUCGCAUGCGAGAACGACUCAUCAAACUUGUAUGUGAAUCCUAUGGACGGUAGCGGCAGCGGCGGCGCGGGAGGGGGUGGGGGCGGGGUGACCGCCGACUUUAGCGGAGUGCGCAGGAGCGCGUCUGGGGACGGGAGCGUGUUGUGUGCCAAAGGUUCACAGGGCGAAGCGUCGCCGCGCGGGUCGCGCGCCAGCCUGGCGGGCGCCGGGGAGGCGGCGGCGCCGGGCGUGGCGGCCGCCGCCUCGCGCGCCAGCCUGCCGCAGCCGCUGGACGGGGGCGCGCCGCCCGCGCCCGACGACGCCAGGCCCAAGCACAGGAAGGCGCGCUUCCAACAGGACUGGACGGAGGAAGAGAGGAGGCCGCCGAGGGGGAUAGCUACGAGAAUCAUUAACCACCACAUACUAUUUGGUAAGAAUGGCAACAAACGCAGCGGCGGCUGGCCGCUAGAGGGCGACUCUCGUUCGCGGUCCAUAUUAAAGAACAAGGAGUCCCGAGGCACUGAUAGCGAGCUGCUGCUCCAAGAGACCACCUCGCUCGGUGCUAAUGGAGAUUCUGGCAGCGAAUCGUCGCCGAUAAGAUUGAAAGACUUCAAGAGGCAGAACCACAAGGGCGGCAACACCGAGAAGGACAACCUGGUGUCGUAGUGUGUAGAGGGCGCUUUAUGCUUCGAGACGUCACACGGCCUGAUCUCUAGCCAAUCGCACGCCUCGGCCACACACGACGCGAUGCGAAUCAACCCUAAUAUUUAGAAUGCAAUAACAUUAAAAUGAUAUAAAUAAUUUUAACAUAUCAUUGGGCGAUUGUGACUGCUUGUUGAAUAGAUUUUCAUUUCGUAGAGUUAUAAAUAUUGUAAAAAUAUUACUUAUUGUAAUAAUCGUUCAUUCCAAUCGAAAUGUUGAAGAAACCUAUUUGUUAAGUUUUUUUACGUGCAAUUAUUAAUUGCUAAUUCUAAUGUAAGCGAUAUAGUUUGUACAGCAUAGUUGAUGAAAAAUGAAGCAAUUAUUAAAAUUAAACAUUUUCUGAAAUUGUUAAAAAGCUUUUUAUCUUUCCUUGCAAAUUACUAGCCAACGGAUUUAUUGAGAGGUCUUUAAAUGAAAGUACAGUUAGUCAACAAUGAUAUUUAUUUGGAAGCUAAAAUCUUGUUCUAUCGUAGAGUAUUAAACAUAGAAUUAUAAAGUAAAUUUUCCAUUUUAACAUUAGGAACGUGCUAUAUUAUAGAAGGACAAUUUAACACACAAAUGUCGACCUUAACAUUAGAAUUUAGAUUUUUUUAAGAAAAUAAUUCGAAACAAUUAUCUAAACGUCGAUAAUAUCACAAAUUACAAAAUGUAAUCAACUAACACGAAUGCUUUUGAAACACAAAUAAUUUAAUAAUGGUCCAAAUAAUAAUACUCAAUUUUACAUUAACUAUUAACACGAAUUUUAUUAAUACUUAAUUAAAACGAACAAACAUCGAUCUGUACGAGCGAUAACAAAAUUAAGUUAUUACAAAACUUUGGUUCGUGUGAGUACAUAAAUAAAUACUACAUACGUAAACAGGUUUGAACGCAGAAAUAACUGAACCCGAUGUGCCCAAAACACACGUGUUGAACGGAAAGUAGUUUGAAACUCGUAUAUCGGCUACCAGGUGUAUAUUAAUUAAAAGCACUGUGAGAGAAUAGGCUCCCUAAGGCUCCGUCAACAUAUCGUACCGAAACGCGGCGUCCACCCGGAGACGGUUCAGCUCCAUGGCUUCACAUAUAUGUAUAUUGUACUUAUAGAAACCACACAAAACUAAACCAACUCGCUAAUAUUUUACUUUAAUACUUCACACGACGUAACAUACUGCUUACAUAGGCACAUGAAAUAAGAGAACAGCCUUUUUUGAUACAUUAAUUGUACGUACAUAAUUUAUCUUAAUAGUAUUCUGUACAUGCCUAUUUAAAAUACUUCGAUAAAAAACUAUUUACACAAACUAGUAUUUUUUUUUAAUUUUACCGUAAAGCCUAAAGAAAAUUCGGUGAAAUGGUGUCGUAUUAAAGUAACAUAUUAUGGGGUAGCGACGGCGUCACUCGCGCGGCGUGGAGGACCGCCCUGUUGGACAAGUGGCAUUUGUUUAAGCGGUAACGCUAAUGUAGUGAAAUGAGAGGUCACGCGUUACUAGAGCGAUACGAUUGUCGUCAAAGCUUAAAUUGUCACUUGUUCAAGGGCUCAGGUUUUGUAUAGAAACGUAUUGCCACGCUCCUAUUGUUAGGGAGUAGCGGGCGAGUGUACGCCG